AUGAAGUUGAUUGUUUCCUUGAAGAUCUUUCAAAAACGUAUGGACGGAAGUGUUGAUUUCUACAGGAACUGGAAUGACUAUACCAAUGGGUUUGGGAACAUGAAUGAAUAUUAUAAAGGAAAUCAGGCACUGUAUGAAAUUGUAAAAGAUGGAAAUUUUGAGCUAAGAAUCGACAUGGAAGACAAAAUAGGGGAAUGGCGAUACGCAAAGUAUUCUCAUUUCUCCAUUGGCGGUCCUGAUACAAACUACACUCUGAGUGUCUCUGGAUAUACGGGGAAUGCUGGCGACAGCUUGAGUUUUCACAAUGGCUUUCAGUUUUCUACAUACGACAGGGAUAACGACCAACAUGCAGGUGUUAAUUGUGCAGAGUUUUGUCAUGGUGCUUGGUGGUAUUACGCAUGCUCUCACAGUAAUCUAAAUGGCGAUUACGGAAAUGAUUUGUAUGCAAAAGGUUUAAACUGGUAUCAUUGGCAUGAUUUCGACUAUUCACUUAAAUCAUCACAGAUGAUGGUAAGGAUAAAAAGAACGUGAUUAAAAUUCAGUGUUUAAAAAGAAAACAGAAAGGUAC